CAACAACACAGAACAGGGUUAAAAGUUACUACAGAGCUGACGACUACAUCAGCCCGCCGGGUUGGUCCUAAAUUAAACCCUAAACCCUUCUCAUCAACAAAACUGGGAAUUUCUUCCUUCGUUUCACUUAAGGGGUAAUUCAUUCAAUGGCUUACAGGCGUAGUCUCACUAUAAGGGCGAGACUUUUCGCUCAACAACGAUUUGCCCCUUCAUUUUCUUAUCUGCAUCAGGAAGACGAUCGUAAAAAUACGCAUUCAGAUGAGAAGGCAACGAGCUUUCUCCAAAGUCGAUCAUAUGGUUGCUUCGGUAACAACUCCAACACUUCACUAGGGUUUGGGGGAGGCGGUGGCGGUUUGAGUUUUCGAGAUCCAAGAUGGUCUCAGUUUCUUCAAGUACCUAUGACAACAAGUGGGUUCUUGUUAGCUAGAAAUAUGUCGACUACAAUUGGAGAUGGAGACGAAACCGAAAAGAUUGAGUACAUGGCUGAUAUGGCCGAUGUUCUGGCUAAUAAAACCAUGGAAGUCGUGUCUACUCAAGCCCCUGUUCUUAGCGAGGUUGCUGUUGCUGCUGCGGAUUCCUGGCUACCAGUUGCAGCUUUGCAGUAUGCCAUUGAUGGGAUUCAUAACUUCACGGGACUGAAUUGGUGGGCGAGCAUAGUAAUAACAACUCUUGUGAUUAGAACCUUGUCAGUUCCAAUCAUGAUUAAUCAGCUCAAGGCUACCUCAAAGUUAACUAUUUUGAGGCCAGAAUUGGAGCAGAUUAAGCAGGAGAUGCAAGAUAGGGGCAUGAGUCCAUCAGCUGUAGCUGAAGGUCAGGAAAAAAUGAAGAAAGUAUUCAAGGAGCAUGGUGUUAGUACAUUUACUCCAUUGAAGGGGCUUUUCAUCCAAGGCCCUGUCUUUGUCAGCUUUUUUCUUGCUAUUCAGAACAUGGUGGAAAAGGUCCCAUCUUUCCAACAUGGUGGCAUCUCUUGGUUCCUUGACCUUACAACUGCUGAUACUUUCUAUAUUCUUCCUUUUUUGACUGCAUUUUCAUUUUGGAUAACCGUAGAGUUUAACAUGCAAGAAGGUUUGGAAGGUAACCCUGCUGCUGCCACAAUGAAAAAUGUUUCAAGGGGUUUUGCUGCUCUUACAGUCCCCCUUACUGCAAGUUUCCCAAAGGCCCUCUUUUGUUAUUGGAUCACCUCAAACUUGUUCUCCCUAGUAUAUGGAUUAAUAAUAAAGAAACCCUCAGUGAAGAAGCUUCUCAACAUACCAAUUAUCAUACCUCCACCACCAUCUCCCGCUAGUCAAUCAAAGCCAGCUUUCUCUUUCUUUGAGGGUUUGAAAAAGUAUGCAGCUGCUCAAGCAAUGCAACAAAGACAAGGAGAAUCAAAGCCUGCCAUCACUAACCAAACUACAGCUCCACUUCUCAGUCAGAAGCCAUCUUCAGAUGAACAAAAGCUGACUACUCAAAGAGUCUCAUCAUCAUCAGUCCUCAGCCAUAGGAUCAAAAAUCUAGAGAAAGAAGUCAAGGGAAGAAAGAAGAACAAGAAGAGACGGAAGGGGGAGUCCUUGUAG